ACGGCAACGCGUCACACACAGGACUCAACCAGCGACGGACGGUGACUGUUGGGUUUCCGGUUCUGACCGUUUCACCGUGAAGAUAAAGAGCUGCACUGCGACUACUGAUCAUAUAGUGUGUUUCCAGUAGCUGUUCGUCUGCGUUAUAACCGACAGUGGAGGCAGCCCGGUGGAUGAAGAUGAUGAUGAUGAAGCCGAGCGGAGCAGCAGUGUUGUUGUGUUAGUUAGAGUCAAAAUGGCGUCGGCUGCUUGCCCACUGAAGCCUCGUUUAAUCCAUCAGUGAUCAGCCUGAGAGCUACAGACAGACAACCCGUCAGUACAUAUACUGUAUUUAUAACGGUUUGUCCAGUCGGAGGACAUUAGAGCAUCAUGUCUGACUCUGAGGAGGACAGCCAGGACAGACAGCUGAAGAUAGUAGUGAUUGGAGACGGAGCCUGUGGCAAGACAUCACUCGCCACCAGGUUUUCACAGGAGGCCUUUGGGAAGCAGUACAAACAAACCAUCGGCCUGGAUUUCUUUCUGAAGAGAAUAAGCCUUCCAGGCAACUUGAACGUGACCCUGCAGGUGUGGGACAUUGGAGGCCAAACGUUAGGAGGGAAAAUGCUGGAUAAAUAUGUAUACGGAGCUCAUGGGGUUCUCCUGGUUUACGACAUCACCAACUACCAGAGCUUUGAGAAUCUGGAGGAUUGGUUCAGCAUGCUGAAGAAGGCCAACGAGGAAUCUGAUAUCCAGCCGGUCAUCUCCCUGAUCGGGAACAAAAUCGACCUGGAGCACAUGAGGACAGUGAAGGCUGAUAAACACCAGCGUUUCUGCCAAGAGAACAGCCUCAUCAGUCAGUUUGUAUCGGCCAAGACCGGGGACUCGGUGUACCUUUGUUUCCAGAGAGUGGCAGCUGAGAUUCUUGGUGUGAAGCUAAACAAAGCAGAAAUAGAGCAGUCCCAGAGGAUUGUGAAGGCUGAGCUGGUGGCCUACCCACAGGAUGAAGGCCCAAUUAGACAAGAGAACAACCAGCAGAGCAAAAUAUGUUCUGUUCAAUAGUUGGAACGUGUGGUGAAGGCAGACAUCGUGAACUACAGUCAGGACACCGUGGCCAGGACGGUCAACCCCCCUCGCAGCUCCAUGUGUGUGGUGCAGUGACCCCUCUCCAACACUUCAAGAUGUAAAAUUGCCUUCAGUCAGUAUUCGUCUUUCAGGAUGUGUGGGGUGACUGGAUGAAAUGUGUUCAGAGUGUGUCCUCUGUAUUCCUGUGUGUCAGUGGUACGGGUGAGAUGAAGAACAGACUGUGUGGUUUCGAGUCCUUGGCCUGUAGUUCGGAUAUUUAGCAGGAAUGAUUUCUUGGGUGGUUUACCAAAAAGGAAACGGGACCUCCGUUUUUUUCAAGUUUACACGCAGCUAUAAUUUUAUUCCUAUGAUUCACCUUAAAUAAAUAUUAAAACAAGAA